AUGAUGCUCCUGAGCAUGAAAAGGAAAUGCGGAUCUAAGUUUGAAAAUAUUGGGAACAUGGUAGUUGCCACUGCAUUUUACCUUGGUAUUUUACCAUUGUAUACCAUGGAAUUUAUCAUGGAGAACUGGGUUAUUGUUGUGGUGCACUUGAUAAUGGAGACUAAGCAAGCUCUUUCUCAGCAGAAGUUUAUCUUCAAGAACUACCAGUUUAUUUUGGCUUUGACUUUUGCUAUUGAAGAGAUCAACAAUAACCCUCAUCUUGUAAAUAACUUGACACUGGGAUUUAGUUUCUGUAAUUUUGAUUUAACUGUUUGGAAUGAAUUAAAAAGUGCCAAUCUUUGCCUCUUUGGGAAGAAUAACACUCUCAAUUACAGAUGUAUGGGACACAGAAAGUAUACAGCAGUACUAACAGGACCAUCAGCAAUAACAUCUGCCAAGUUUGGGACAUUGUUGAACCUCUAUAGGUUUCCACAGCUUUCCUUUGGGCAUUUUGAUCAAGUCCUGAGCGACCAUAACACGUUUAAUGCUCUCUAUCAGAUGGCCCGAAAGGACACAUCAAUGGCCAAAGCCAUGGUCUCCUUACUGCUUCACUUCAGAUGGAACUGGGUGGGACUGCUAACUGUAGAGGACGAGAAUGGCUUGUGGUUUCUUUCUGAAUUGAAAGACGAGAUGGCCAAGAACAGAGUCUGUGUAGACAUUGAGCUAGCACUCCCGAACAAUAUUCUUUUCCAUAAAACAAAACUGAAGGCAGUUAAUGACCAGGUUAACAGAUCAUCAGCAACUGUCUUCAUUAUAUAUGGUGAUAAUGAAUUUCUACUUGUUUUGCAAUUGUUGGUAAAAGGCAAAAUUUGUAUCGUGAAUUCACAGUGGGAUUUGACAAUGAGUAGGCAUUAUUUCCUGCUAGGAUCAUCGCAGGUACCUCUCAUGUUUUCACACCAUCACCCAGAUGUUUCUGGAUUCACAGAUUUUGUCAAGACAGUGAACCCUUCCAAAUACCCUGAAGAUGCUUUCCUUGCUGAGGUGUGGUUGGUCUCUUUUAAUUGCUCUAAUUUUGAGUCUGACUGUGUAACAUGGGAGAACUGUGCUCACAAUGCCUCCUUGGAUUGGUUGCCUCGGCACGUUUUAGACACGACUUUGUCUGUAGACAGUUAUAAUAUAUACAACGCUGUGUACACUGUGGCCCAUGCUCUCCAUGAGAUGCUUCUUCAUCAAGCAGAAGUACAAACCAUGGGAUACAGAAAAGGGACAGUGCCUUCUCCUGCACAGCUGCACCCUUUUCUGAAGAACAUCGAAUUUCACAAUCCUGCUGGAAAUCAGGUGAUUUUGGAUGAGAAAAGGAAAUUGGAGGCAGAGUAUGACAUUGUGAAUCUUUGGAAUUUCCCACAUGAUCUUCAUCUCGAGGUGAAAGUGGGAAAGUUUUCUACAUAUACUAAUCAACUCUGUUUAUCUGAAGAAAUGAUAUACUGGACCAUAGCAUGUACAGAGCCUCCCCAUUCUGUUUGCAGUGUAAGUUGUGGUCCUGGAUUCAGAAAAGUCCCUCAGGAGGGAAAGGCUGCUUGUUGCUUUGAUUGUACCCCUUGCACAGAAAAUGAGAUGGCUAAUGGGACAGACAUGGAGCAGUGUGUGAAGUGUCCAGAUCACCAGUAUGCCAACACACAGAAAAACCAGUGCCUCCUAAGAGCUGCAAGCUUCCUGGCUUAUGGGGAGCCCUUGGGGAUGGCCUUGGCCUGCAUGGCUCUUGGUUUAUCAACACUCACAGCACUUGUUCUUGGAGUCUUUGCGAAACAUCACAAUACUCCCAUUGUAAAGGCGAAUAACCAGGCUCUCAGCUACAUCCUUCUCAUCUCCCUCAUCUUCUGUUCCCUCUGUUCCUUACUCUUUAUUGGCCGUCCCAACACAACUACAUGUAUUCUACAGCAAAUGAUAUUUGCAGUUGCAUUCACUGUUGCUGUUUCUGCUGUCUUAGCCAAGACUGUUACUGUAAUUCUGGCCUUCAAGGUCACUUCUCCAGGGAGAAGGAUGAGAAGGCUGCUGGUGUCAGGGGCUCCUAACUUCAUCAUUCCCAUCUGCACCCUGAUCCAGGUGACUCUCUGUGGAAUCUGGCUGGGAACCUCUCCUCCCUUCAUUGACACUGACACACACUCUGAACAUGUUCACCUCAUCAUCCUGUGUAACAAGGGCUCCCUCACUGCCUUCUAUUGUGUCUUGGGAUAUAUGGGCUCCCUGGCCCUGGCCAGCUUCACUGUGGCUUUCCAGGCCAGGAACCUGCCUGACACCUUCAAUGAAGCCAAGUUCCUGACCUUCAGCAUGCUGGUGUUCUGCAGUGUGUGGCUCACCUUCCUGCCUGUCUACCACAGUGCCAAGGGCAAGGUCAUGGUGGCUGUGGAGGUCUUCUCCAUCUUGGCCUCCAGUGCAGGGCUUCUGGGCUGCAUCUUUGUCCCCAAGUGCUAUGUCAUCUUGAUAAGGCCAGAUAGGAAUUGUCUGUAUGGCUUCAAGUAUAAAAGAGAUAGAAGUAGAAAUAAGCAUUGCUAA